AAGUGUCUGUGUUCGGUGUUGCAGUCCCAAAGUGCGGAAGUUCAAAAGUUGCAAAUGUUGUCUGGUUUAAACUCUUAUUAAUCUCUUAAAACAAGUUCCCGUGAUUCGAUUGUUAGGAUAUUGGUAAACUAUUAUUUCGGUGCAAUUCUUUCGAUAAAGAUUGAGUGUUUUCCGCUGCUGUUGUGGAUAUUACUGGAAAGCGCCCUUGACACCACGUGGUACACUCGAGAGCUGAGUGCAAACGUCAGCGUUGCAUGUGCAACCGUGCCCCAGCUCUACUGAAAAAACUGCUAGUCCGGUCGAGCGGAAGAGCGUCGAUAGCAGCAACAGUUUCUCCGCAGAACAGGAGGCGAUCAUCCUUCCAAUCAGCCCCAACAGUAGCAGCAAGAGCAGCAGCUAUGAAGUACAUUCUUGUUACCGGGGGUGUCAUCAGUGGCGUCGGCAAGGGUGUCAUCGCUAGCUCCUUUGGCACGUUGCUUAAUGCGUGCGGGAUUGCCGUCACAUCGAUUAAAAUCGAUCCGUAUAUUAACAUCGACGCGGGAACUUUUUCGCCGUACGAGCAUGGUGAAGUCUAUGUGUUGGACGACGGAGGAGAGGUCGAUCUGGAUCUAGGAAACUACGAACGAUUUCUAGACGUUACGUUACAUCGCGAUAACAACAUCACCACCGGGAAAAUCUACAAGAUGGUCAUUGAAAAGGAGCGCGUCGGCGAUUAUCUCGGCAAAACCGUUCAAGUGGUUCCGCACAUCACCGAUGCCAUACAAGAAUGGGUAGAGCGCGUGGCCAAAAAUCCAGUUAAGGACGGGAGUGAACCGCAGGUGUGCAUCGUAGAACUGGGCGGUACCAUUGGCGAUAUUGAGGGUAUGCCCUUUGUCGAAGCAUUCCGCCAGUUUCAGUUCCGCGUCAAGAGAGAAAAUUUCUGCGUCGCACACGUAUCACUGGUUCCGUCGCCGAGAGCUACCGGCGAGCCGAAAACAAAGCCCACCCAGGCAAGUGUCCGGGAGCUGCGUGGUCUGGGUUUGAGCCCCGAUCUCAUCGUUUGUCGCUCUGAGAAACCCAUUGGGCGUGAAGUGCAGGACAAGAUAAGUAACUUUUGUCACGUAGCUCCUGAACAGGUGGUAUGCAUUCACGAUCUCUCGUCGAUAUACCACGUUCCGCUGUUGAUCGAAGAGGCGGGAGUGGUUGAGUUUUUAAACGAGAGGCUUAAGCUGGAAAUUCCUUUGCCUAAGCCGGCGCGCCUCAUGCAGAGCUGGCGUGACUUGGCUGAACGUGUGGAUAACGUUUACAAGAAAGUCACCAUUGCAUUAGUGGGAAAGUAUACAAAGCUGGAGGAUUCGUACGCUUCAUUGUCCAAGUCGCUUCUGCACGCAUCGCUUGCCGUCGGUUAUAAGUUGGAUCUAAAGUUCAUCGAAGCCUGCCAUUUGGAGAGGCAAAUGAAGCAGGAAACGCCACACCUGUACUAUGAGGCUUGGCAAAGUCUCACCAAUAGCAAUGGCGUAAUUGUGCCGGGGGGUUUUGGGUCGCGUGGAAUGGAAGGAAAAAUUCGGGCUUGCCAAUGGAGUCGAGAGAACAAGAAACCUUUUCUCGGCAUUUGUCUUGGUUUGCAGGCAGCAGUAAUCGAGUUCGCUCGAAAUGUGUUAAAUCUAGAGGACGCUAAUUCCACAGAAUUAUGUGAAGAUGUUAAACAUCCACUUGUUAUAGAAAUGCCGGAACAUAAUCCCGGAUACAUGGGAGGUUCAAUGCGAUUGGGAAAACGAACCACGUUGUUUAAGGAAGGAAGAAGCAUUAUAAAACAACUCUACGGUAACGUCAGCCAAAUCGAAGAACGACAUCGCCAUAGGUAUGAAGUGAAUCCUAAAUACGUGGCACAAUUGGAAGCUAAAGGGCUCAAAUUUGUCGGCCACGAUUCCGAACAGACGCGAAUGGAAAUCGUUGAAUUGGAAAACCACCCCUACUACGUAGCGACACAAUUCCAUCCAGAGUACCUAUCGCGGCCCCUAAAGCCCUCACCUCCAUUUUUGGGACUUAUCUUGGCGUCUGUAGGCAAAUUAGACAGCUACUUGAAACAAGGAAAUAAGCUAUUGAACUCGGCGCCAAUAACGAGCGAGAGUUCAAGUGAUGAUGAUGGACAGUUGUAUAAGCAAAACCGACUCAAACUAUCGAAGGAACCAGUCCCGGAAGUAAAUGGCCUAUGCAACGGUUCGACAAAGCCUGUCACUAAUGGCCACCAUGAAGACAAUUGAAAAGCGUUGAUUGAUAAUCAACUUAAUGUUUUCAAAGGUUUUAUUCGCUAAAUAUUAGCCAUAUUUUCAAAAAGUAUUCACUCAAAGUGAAGAAAAAAGUAAGAAUAAAAUGGGGAGAGCAUUAGCAAA